AAUUCUUAUAUAAAAAAAACUUGUUCUUCCAUUCCAUCGUGUUAUCGUUUUCGUUUCUGGUUCUGGACGGCAGCACUACACUACACACCAGCAUCAUUUUUCUUACUUCUACCCAUUUGUAUUUUUAUUUUUUAUAGACUUUGACCCACAAAAACCAUAUCUUUCAAGAUGUCUGCAUUUCUAAAAGCAUCCAAAAUUAUUGCUCACCAAGCUCGCAACUUUAGUUCAAAAAUAAACGAUGUUGUAAUUGUUUCUGCGGCAAGGACCCCAAUGGGUAGCUUUCAAAGCUCUUUAGCUCCACUAUCUGCUUCACAAUUGGGGGCAACUGCUAUUGAAGCUGCUGUCCAAAGGGCUGGCAUUGCCAAGGAAGAUGUUAACGAAGUCUACAUGGGAAAUGUAGUCUCAGCUGGCAUGGGACAAGCACCUGCUCGUCAAGCUGCCAUUUUCGCUGGACUACCAAAGAAUGUCUGUUGUACGACAGUUAACAAAGUCUGCUCAUCGGGAAUGAAAGCAGUAAUGAUUGCUUCUCAGACUUUGAUGUUGGGUCAGGCUGAGAUUAUUGUUGCUGGUGGCAUGGAAUCAAUGUCCAAUGUCCCAUACUAUCUGAGACGUGGUGCUACUCCAUAUGGUGGGGUUAAUCUUAUCGAUGGUAUUGUCCAUGACGGUCUGUGGGAUGUGUACAAUAAAUUCCAUAUGGGCAAUUGUGCAGAAAAUACUGCCAAGAAAAUGGGCAUCUCACGAAAGGAACAAGAUGACUUUGCCAUAAGCUCUUAUCAGCGUUCGGCAAAAGCCUGGUCUGAUAAGGCUUUUGAUGCUGAAAUUGCACCUGUUAAAAUUCAGCAAAAGAAAAAGGGGGAAAUAAUAGUCUCAGAGGAUGAGGAAUUCAAAAGGGUUAACUUUGAUAAAUUCGGACAGUUGUCAACUGUUUUUCAGAGGGAAAACGGUACGGUUACAGCUGGAAAUGCAUCCACUUUAAACGAUGGUGGUGCUGCUGUUGUUUUGAUGACUGCUGAUGCAGCCGAACGAAUGAACCUCAAACCCUUGGCUCGUAUUGUAGGUUUCCAGGAUGCUGAGACAGAUCCUAUUGACUUCCCCAUUGCCCCAGCACUUGCUAUUCCAAAACUCUUGGAAAGAACUGGCAUUCGUAAGGAAGAAGUUGCAAUGUGGGAAAUCAAUGAAGCCUUUUCAUUGGUAGUGGUAGCUAAUAUUAAGAAAUUGGAAGUUGAUCCAGCAAAGGUCAACAUUCACGGUGGAGCUGUUUCAUUGGGUCAUCCAAUCGGAAUGUCUGGAGCUAGGUUGAUUACACAUUUGUCGCAUUCCCUUAAGGCUGGCGAAUAUGGAUGUGCUUCGAUCUGUAAUGGAGGUGGUGGUGCUUCAUCAAUUCUCAUCCAAAAAUUAUCUCAUCAUAAUAUGACUGAAGGAAAACCUAUCUUAACGUUAUACACGAAGGAUCCAUGUCCAUUGUGCGAUGAGUUGGUAGAUGAAUUAGAGGCACAUUUCAAUGGAGAAUAUGAAUUAGAAAAAGUUUACAUUACUGAUAAGGAGAAUCUGAAAUAUUUGCGUCUGUAUAAGUAUGAUAUACCAGUAAUUUUUCUCAAUGGACAAUAUUUGUGCAAACAUAGGCUGAACAAAGAACUUUUAAGAAAUAAGUUGUCAGAGUUAAGGAGUUUAUAAGAAACU